AAGGCCAGAUAAAUAAAGUUAUAUAAAGGUCCAUGACAAAAAUAACAGUUACAUGAUUUAGAGAAAUUAACACAAUAGUUCAACGUGAAUGGAACUAGUUCUCUCCUUAUGCCUUCUAUCUCUACUGGCCUCCACUACUGGUGCUUCAAAUGAUUGGCUAAACCAUGGUGGAAAUCUGCAAAACAGGAGAUUUGCAGACAAGGAAACCAUGAUAAGCCCUGAAACAGCUUCAAGACUACGAUUGAAGUGGAAAUUUAAUGCAGGUCAAGAUAUUUCUGCAACACCCUCAAUAUUUGAUGGAACCGUUUAUUUCCCAAGCUGGGAUGGAUACAUUUAUGCUGUCAAAGAAUCUAAUGGAGGUCUUGUUUGGAAGAAAAAAUUGCAACAGCUCACUGGCCUUAAUUCAACAAGGGCUGUAUCCAAUAUAGAUCCGAAUAUAACAGUGUCAAGAACAACUCCGGUGAUUGCACAUGAUUUGCUCAUCUUUGGAAUGAGUGGACCAGCUUAUGUUGUUGCAGUUAAACGAUCCAAUGGGGAACUUGUCUGGUUAACCCAGCUCGAUAAACACCCCAAAGCUAUUAUCACCAUGUCAGGAACUUAUUACAAUGGGCAUUUCUAUGUUGGCACAUCUUCAAGCGAGGUGACUGUCAGCAUUGAACAAUGUUGUAUCUUCCGAGGAAGCUUUGUCAAACUAAAUGCCCGAACUGGAAAAAUCUUGUGGCGAACCUAUAUGUUGCCUGACAAUUUCGGCCAGCGUGGGGAGUACGCUGGAGCAUCUAUUUGGGGAAGUAGCCCGUCAAUCGAUAUCCGCCGGAACCAUGUAUAUAUUGGCACAGGGAACCUCUACUCUGCACCUAAAAAUGUAAGAGACUGUCAGGAAAGACAAAACAAUCGAACAGAUAGGCCUUCUACUGAUGAAUGUGUGGAGCCUGAAAACCACUCAGUUUCGAUUCUAGCUCUUGAUUUGGACACCGGAAAGAUCAAGUGGUUCAAUCAGUUAGGGGGCUAUGACGUUUGGUUUUUUGCAUGCAACAAUGUGCCCAACCCAAAGUGUCCUCCUGGUCCCAACCUCGAUGCUGAUUUUGGAGCAGCCCCAAUGAUGUUAACAACAUAUGUCAAUGGAGUUAAGAGAGAUCUUGUAGCUGCUGUUCAGAAAAGUGGAAUUGCUUGGGCUUUGGACCGUGACAAUGGCAACCUUAUAUGGUCCACUGAAGCUGGACCUGGUGGCCUCGCAGGAGGAGGAACAUGGGGAGCUGCCACUGAUGAAAAGAGGGUCUACACCAACAUUGCAAACUCUGAUCUCAAGAAUUUCACCUUGCAGCCAUCCUCAAAGGUCACCACUGCUGGCGGAUGGGUGGCUAUGGAUUCUAAAAAUGGCCGCAUCCUUUGGUCAACAGCCGACCCUAAUAAUGGUACAGCCAGUGGUCCUGUGACCGUGGCUAACGGAGUCCUAAUUGGUGGCUCGACAUUUAGACAAGGACCAAUAUAUGCCAUGAAUGCCAAAAGUGGAGAAAUCUUGUGGUCUUAUGAAACAGGGGCCACCAUAUAUGGUGGCGCGUCAGUUAGCAAUGGAUGCAUCUACAUAGGCCAUGGAUACAAGGUUACUCUUGGACUCUUCAAUCCAGAAUACACUGCUGGGAACUCACUCUUUGCCUUUUGCGUUGCUUGAUCCACCUCGGCAAGAUAAAUUGCAAUAAUAUAAGGCAUUUAAUCUUCAAUAAAGCUACUAUUUCCUUAUAUAUUUUUUUUAAAUUUUCCGGUGAAAUAA